AUGAAAUUAUUGAAUGAAGCAAGAACUGGAUAUUUUCUCUCCAUCGUUAUCACGCAAUUAAUUGACCUCAUCAUGUGUAAAACACGACGUUUGUCGAUAUUUCAACAAGGAAUGGGAAAUUGGUUUCUUAAUUUUGCAUUUGUCUUUGAAAUCAUUCUUACGGGAAUUUUGCUCUAUGUACCAGGAACUGAAAUUGUUUUAAAGACCAUGCCAUUGAAUAUCUGUUGGUAUUGGCCUUGUCUACCAUUUGCAAUAAUGCUUUGGAUUUAUGAUGAACUGAGAAGAUAUGCAAUUCGCAAAUAUCCCGGUGGCUUUUUUGAGAGUGAAACUUACUAUUAAAUGGCAAAACAAAAUAUAAAGAGGAAUAUUUUAAAACUUAUGGACAAUUAUUUCAAGUAAUAACAGUUUUUGUUU